AUGUGUACAAUAUUUUUUAUACUAAUAAUAUUUAUUAAUUUUAUUUCUUCAUUUAUUACACAAUAUGAUCCAAAUGAAGCAGAUCUUUUGGGAAGAUUUUCAUCAGCAGUAUCAAGUAAAUAUUAUUAUGAUUGUAUGAUAAAUGAUGAAAUAUUAAAAAAUAAUACUGAAUUAAUUUAUUCAUAUAAUGAACAUAACUCAAAAUUAAAUGGUGAUUUUUUAGCUGGUAUUAUAAAACUUAAAAAUGAUCCUGAAAGUAUUGUUAUUGUACAUAAAUCAACUUCAUCAAUACAACAAUUAAUUUCUCAAGUUUAUCUUUAUCCUAUGGAAGCAUUAAAUAUAACAUAUAAUGUAAUAUCAACAGAACUUAAAAAAUUAUUAAAUAAUGGUAAUUAUAAAAAUGUAAUUUUUACUGGUCAUUCACUUGGUGGUGGUUUAGCAAUUCUUGAUUAA